UUUACACCUUUUCAACGUAAAAUAGCCACAACCACUUAAAGAUUUAUUACUUGUGUUUGUUAGUGUGGGACUGUAUGCACAUGACGUAGGGACUCGUCUGUGUCUAUAACAUUACGGUGAAACUGAAAUCUAAAUAAAUACGUAUUCAUUUGAUGUACGGACUUAAAAAUGGAAGUUAAAAAAAUGAUGGUACAAGUUUGUGUAUUUGUGGUGGCAGGUUAUGUAAAUUCACAGAUAGUAACACAACCUGAUUUAGAUACAAUCGCUGCUGGGUUGGAAAUAAAAGUUGACGUUGUCGAGAAUCUUGAUGAUGGAAGUCGGCAUCUCUUUAAAGUGACGUUCAACAACAACGCGUCAAAGUCUCUGUCAGGACUCAACUGGAAAAUUUAUUUUUUCAGUUUUUUCAUAGUAGAAUCUAAGCACAUCCUUUCGGAAGAUGGUCUGUAUACUAAGCCAGAGGGAUAUAUUCUUCCGAAUGUCAAUCUUAAAUUGAGGCAUGAAAACGGCUGUCUCUUUUCAAUGUCACCUACUACCGGAUUCAUCGGAUUACCGUAUAAUGGAGAGAGGGAAAUUACCUUUUAUGCAGCCAAUUGGGCUGUGUCUAAAACAGACAUUCCACCGAACUGGUACAUAACAGCAGAUGGGCUAAAUGCACGUGUUAUCGAUAGUACUAAGGAAGGAUUUGUUGGGGAGUUUACCAGCGCUAAACAGUGGAAGCGGAAGAAGGCAGAUCGAUAUGACCCUUAUUCUCCCAUGGCUCGUUAUCAACGUUAUAAAACAACAAAUCCUAAUGUCCAGAUGAAAAUGAUCAUACCAACUCCAAAAGAAAUAACUAACCAUGACACUACCAAACUGCUCGAUAUAAGUGGACAGGUGACAAUCGUACACAAUGGACUGGACAAUGAAGCUUCGUUUCUUAAAGAUAAAUAUAGCUUUAAUAUUAGUACUACUGCUUCGCCGAAUGGAGUCAACAUAUAUUUGUCUAUUAACAACACCAUACUAUCUGCUGAGGGCUAUACUUUAACUGUGAAUCCGUCAGAAAAAUCAGUAAUCAUCAAUGGGAAGACAAAUGCGGGUGUGUUAUAUGGUGUCCAGUCUCUACUUAGUCUUUUGUCACAUGGACGCAGUAUACCGCAGAUGGAGAUCAGAGACGAGCCUCGUUUUGAAUUCAGAGGGAUGUUUAUUGAUGUUGCAAGGAAUUUUAUUCCAAAGAAAGUUCUGGAAAAAUUGAUGGAUGCAAUGGCAAUGUAUAAACUGAACAAAUUGCAUCUUCACCUGGCCGACGACGAAGGUUGGAGAAUUGAAAUUGACGGUCUACCAGAAUUAACUGAGGUUGGCUCUAAACGAUGUCAUACUGAAAUCGAAGAUGUUUGUUUGAUACCACAGUUAGGGUCUGGUCCUUACAACACUACUUCCGGUUCAGGUUUUUAUUCCAUUCAAGAUUACAAAGAUAUUUUAAGCUACGCUAAAAAACGCCACAUUGAAGUAAUUCCGGAAGUAGACAUGCCAGGGCAUGCACGCGCAGCUAUCAUUGCUAUGGAGGCACGUUACCGAAAAUACAGCAAUACAAAUAAUAAUGAAGCCGAGAAGUACAGAUUGAUAGAUCCAGAUAAUGAAUCUAAAUUCUUAUCGGUACAAAUUUUCAAUGACAAUGCAGUAAAUCCUUGCAUUGAGUCAACUUACGAUUUUAUUGAAAAAAUUGUUUCUGAAUUAAAAGUAAUGCAUUCUGCUGUUGGCCAUCCAUUGGAUAUAUAUCAUUUUGGAGGCGAUGAGGUUGCAAAAACUGCAUGGGUAAAUUCAACAAAAUGCAACCAACUUAAUUUUAAUUUUUCCGGAGACGCUGAAUCAAUCAGAAACGAAUUAAAAAACUAUUUCACACAACGAGUAGCUAAUAUCACUUUUAAUCACGGACUUAACACGGCUGGAUGGGAGGAUGGGUUUAAUGCGGGAGAUGGUAUGCCGUUUGAUAGAAAACUGUAUCAGAACCAACGAGUCUACAGUAAUGCCUGGGAUAAUGUUUGGGAAUGGGGUGAAGCCAGACGUGCGUAUAACUAUGCCAAUGCUGGUUACAAGGUUAUAAUGUCACAUGCAACUCAUUUAUAUUUUGAUCAUCCUUACGAACCUGAUCCAGAAGAGAGGGGAUUGUAUUGGGCCCCGAGAUUUACCGACUCUUACAAAUCAUUUAGAUUCCUUCCGGAUAACUUAUAUGAAAACAUAGAUGUAACUCGAAUGGGAGAUCCUCUAAGUAAAUCUGAUGUCUGCGGUGUAAAUGACAAGAAAUGUCCUUCGUUACAAGAACCAGAAAACAUAGCUGGAAUGCAAGGUCAUCUUUGGUCGGAGACGAUAUUAAGUGAAGAUAACUUUUAUUAUAUGGUUUUUCCAAGAUUACUGGCCUUGGCAGAACGGGCCUGGUACAAAGCACCAUGGGAAACUGUUGGUGACAAAACAAAACGAAACAGGGAUAUGAACAAUGAUUGGGAUAAUUUUGCAGAAACAUUAGGCAAGAAGGAAUUAAACCGACUGGAUAGCAUGGGAAUUAAGUACAGAAUCCCUCCCCCAGGCGGAAGUCUAGAAGGUGACGAGAUCAAAUUCAACACAGCUUUCCCAGGACUGAGUGUAGAGUUUAGCACCAACUCUCAGACGUGGAAUAAUGGAACGAUACUAUACACAGGAUCACCUGUCUUCCUAAGAACAAAAUCUGCAGAUGGCAAGAGAACCAGUCGAGUAAUUUCGUUUUCUCCAAUAACAUCGUCAGCUCAGCUGAUACAGUUGUCAUUAACAACGGUUAUGUUCUGUUCUUUUCUGAUGUAUACAUUUUUGCUCAAGGGUUAAUUUAAUGUAAUUUUUCCUUUUAAAAUUUAACAAUCAUUUUUUAGUUUGUUUAUUACUUUUAUAUUAAAGGUCUAUAUUACAUA